AUGAGUAAAAUCGCAAGAUCCGUCAAGAACGUGACAAAGGGCUACAGCCAGGUCGAAGUCAAGGUCCGCAAUGCCACCAGCAACGAUCCAUGGGGCCCUGUGGGCUCCGACAUGGCUGAGAUUGCCCAAAUCACCUUCAAUAGUUCGACCGACUUCUACCAGGUAAUGGACAUGCUGGACAAACGACUCAACGACCGAGGCAAAAACUGGCGCCACGUCCUCAAAUCGCUCAAGGUGCUCGACUACUGCCUGCACGAGGGCUCAGAGCUCGUCGUAACCUGGGCGCGCAAGAACAUCUACAUCAUCAAGACAUUGCGCGAAUUCCAACACAUUGACGAGGACGGCCGUGAUGUUGGUCAGAAUGUGCGAAUGGCAGCCAAGGAGUUGACUUCGCUCAUCAUGGACGAAGAACGAUUACGCGCCGAGCGAGCCGACAGGAAGUCGUGGAAGUCGCGAGUUACGGGCAUUGAGGAAUAUCCUGGAGGCGGACCCCAGCGUGCAGAUCAUGAUGCGCAAAGGCACCAGCGGAACGGCGAACAGCGCCGUAACCGUAGAACAGAAGAAGAGGAUAUCGAGCUCAGGCUAGCCCUUGAGGCUAGUAGGAAUGAGGCCGAAGAGGAAAAGAAGCGUCGAGAACGCAGCGCAAGGGCCGACGAGAACGACGAUGACCUGGAGAAGGCGAUCAAGUUGAGUAAAGAGGAAGAGGAGUUGCGCCGCAAGGAGCUCGAACAAACCAAUGCCGACCUGCUUUUCGGAGAGACUACUGCCCAGCCAAGUGUUUACCAGCCCACCGGAAACAACCAAGGUUAUCAGCAGCAGGGUCAGGUUGACUGGUUUGGCAACCUUGUGGAUCCAAAUCAGCAACAGCAGCAACCUCAGAACACUGGUUUCCUCAACACUGCAUACGCCCAGCCUACUGGAAUGCAGCCCCAGCAGACGGGAUUCCAGAACGGGUUUGGAGGCUAUGGAGGUUUCCAACAGCAGCCACAACCGACGGGUUUUGAUCAGUUUGGCGCUCAGCAGCAACAGCAAUAUUUGCAACCUCAGCACACUAUCCAGCCCCAGCAAACCGCUUUUACGAACAACCCGUAUGGCCAAUUCGGCGGAUUUGGAGAUAUGAGCCAGCAGCAGCAGCAGCAACCACAGCAAGACCAGAACACACUCCAGCCUGGCAGCCACAACCCAUGGGCUAGCAACAAGACUCAGGAAUCCCUGAUGCCGCAGCCGACUGGCUCCAAUAACCCAUUCGCGCAGUCUUUCAACCGCCCGCAGCCAACGCAGUCCUUCACACAACCGACGCUGAACACUCUAAGUGAGCAAAAGACUCAGACGCAGUUCAACACCCCGUCUUUCAGCCCCCAGCCAUCAUUCUCUCCACAGGCGACGCCGCAACCACAGCAGCAACAGCGACCACAACCACCACAGAAGGAAAUGGACCCAACCGCUGCGCGACUCAAUGCACUCUUGGCAACCGGAGAGGGUCAGGAUACUUUUGGCAACGUAGGAAAUAUGCGUAUUCCUGCUCAGCACACUGCGCCAGGAACGUUUGUUAACUCAGCCGGCGCGGGCUUGAACAAGAUCAACGCAAAUGCCACUGGAAACAACCCCUUCUUGAACUCGCAGUUCACAGGCAUGCCUCAACAAAACCGCUUGAUGCCCGCACAGACUGGACCAGCGAGCAACUUUGGUGCCAACCCUUACGGCAAUGCCAACCCGCAGCCAGUCAUGGAUCGGCGCGCGGCACCCAGACGGAAGAGAUUAAUACUAGCAGACGAGGUCGAACCUCACGAUAACAGAUCGAAAAGAUCUCGCACAUGCGAUACGGCCAGCGAUGCAGUACCAGAGAGUCCGACGUCUUGCCCCAGCCCUUUGAACCCGCCCGUUCGAACCGGCCUCGCGACACCAGAACCCAGCAACUUGUCCGAAUGCGAAGCUGCGCCAUCGUGUCCCACGGUCGACGACGUCCUCGAAUCCCCCUUUCCAUUUAUGAAGCUUCCCGCCGAACUUCGCAUCCACAUAUACCAUAUGGCGCUCGUGCGCGAGGAACCGCUCCUCCUCCAUGCUGACCGUGCUCCCGAGAAGCCUGACGAAGACGAGUUUCCUCCUGCGCCGGCGCCCGUCCUACGCAGAGUAUGGUUUCACGGACCGGAGCAGCGACCAUACUUGAAUCAGCGGGCCAGAGGCCAAAGUCCAGGACCAGAGCGCAUCCCACUGAGCGACCCCAUCAUCCCAGAGAUUUUGCGAUUGAAUAAGCAGAUAUAUAAGGAGGCGCGGCAGGUUCUCUACAGCGACAACGUGUUUACGCUCAGCUUGACAAGCGGCAUACAUACGCUUUCGACACUUCACCAGCGCUCCCGCAGCCUCAUCAAGCACGUCGUUCUUACAAUACCUUCACACCACGAUAUCCUCGAUGGCUUCGCCGACCUCGUCCGCUUGGGCUUGAGAUACUGCUGGGGUCUCAAAACCUUCAAAAUCAUCCUCCAAGCCAGCCUGCCCGACGACGGGAGAAUGACGGGAGCAACGAGCGUAUAUGCAAACGCAUUCCAUAUACUAAGAUGGCUGCCGCGCGGCUGUAAUGUAGGCCUCGAAGGCAAUGUCAGCGAUACAGUCAAGAAGGUUGUGGCUGAGGAAGGUAGACUGCAGGCUGUGCUAGAUGAGGCGAGUUAUCUCAAGAGACAGCAUCAGAUGCCUGAGCGGCACUAG